CUUGUCGUGCGCCCCUUGGAGUCGUCCCCAGAGCCGUGUACCACCAACUCGUACUUCUCUUCUGUUGUAUCAUUGUAUCUCUUACCCAUCCCCCCUUCGCACGGACUGGUCGCGGCUCCAUAUUCUGAUUCACACCCCCAUCACCACGGCACGCACCAGCACCCCUCUACGAUCAGUCAAUGCCGUCUGCAGACCGACUUGAAUCGUCCGGAUCGCAACAUGAGGAGAGAGAUCGCGAGGGACGGGGAUACGACAAGGGAAGGAAGUCCGCCAAAUCGAAGGACCUGAGCCAUGUGCCCUGCAAAUUCUUCCGCGUCGGUGGCUGCACCGCGGGCUCGUCCUGCCCCUUCUCGCACUCGUCAGCGGAGCCGGGCGCGCCGAAGGACACCUGCGCGUGGUUUGUCAAGGGGAACUGCAAGUUCGGGCACAAGUGCGCGCUCGCGCACGUCCUGCCUGGGCAGAGCAUGGCGAUGGACCGCAAGAACAAGCGUGCGGCGCAGCAGGCAGCUGGAGGUGGCGGCGGGAAGGAAGGUGGUGGACGGCGGGGCAAGCGCGAGGGCGCAGGCGCGAGCGGACGCUCCAACUCGCUCCUGUCCGGCGGGUCGACCGCCCCCACGCGCUCUGGGCGGCCCCCGAUGUCGCUCAAGGUGUCCCCCUCGGCGCCUGCGCCUGCGAUCAAGAACACCGACUUUGCGUCGUUCACGGAGGCGCUGGACGAGUCCGCGGAGCUGCCUGCGGCCCCGGCCCGGCAGCAGUCGCAGUCGAGCCCGACACAUGAGGCGGCGGAUCCGAUUAAUAAGGAGGCGCCGUCUCCCGCGUCGAGCAUUCCUGUUGCCUCGCCUCGCAGGCAGGCAAAGACGACCCCACCCCCCGCCGAUCUCGGCCCCAUCGGCUCGCCCCCGCGCCAGUCUGGCCUAGCCACGUCCCCUCGCCGAAUCAAUGGGCUUACCCCAUCACCAUCCAGGGACGCCAGCUCGUCCUUGCAGGCGAACGAGGGCGCCACCACAUCCCCGUUCAGUGCGCCGCAUAACCAGACUGCGUUCCGUGAGGACGCCUGGCAGAACAAGGGGAUCGCCGCUAGCCUUGGCAGUGGUCUCGCGAUGACCAUGGGAGGUGGCAAUGGGGCUGUCAGCCGCUCGGUAGGCUGGAGCAAUAUGGACGAUGAGGGUGCAUACAAUCAGCGAACCAUUCGUGGUCGUCCGCCUGGCAUACCUGAUGACGGUGGAGAGGACGAUCUUGAGGAGUUCAUUCCCGGGUCCUUGACCGAUCUGUUGACGCCCGAGGAGCGCAGUCGCCGUAUGUCGCGCACCAACUCUGGGCAAACACCGACUGGCACGCCGAGCCAGCAUCAGCCCCUCCCGCCGAGAGAACCUGCUGCAUCCGGUCAUCGGUAUUCCCGCUCUGUCCCUGCCCCGUCGUUGCUUGCCGAUGUGCGCUCGAUCUGGUCGGAGAACCCGCCUGCGGACGCUCCCAAGCCGCCGCUCUUGUCAUCCCACUCAGGGCUCCCCUCCUCGCCUAACGCCCAUCUGGGCGUCCCAGGCUCCUUCUCGCAUGGCUCUUUCGUGGACGACAAUGCGUUCAUCAUCGGUCUGUCGCCCAGCAAUGCCAGUGCUGCCUUUCUCCCUUCCAUCCACCAGAACUACGCCAAGCAGCAGCUCGGACGUGGCGUUCGCAACGUCUCUGCCCCGAUAUAUGGUCAACCCAAUGCUGGCAACCCGGCUCGCUCACCCUUCGACCUUACCCAGUACUCGCAGGGUGCGACGAACGCGCAGACUGAGUCUUACCUCCGCAAUGGGCCGCAGCCAAGGAACAUCACCGCUCCUCAGCCCGGUGUACAGGAGAACCUCGUCAUGUCGCCUUCGACCCGUGCCUUGCAGUCGCACGCACCAGGGCAGUCCUUGCCCCAGGGCCUCGCUGCAGGCUACUCGCGCAUCCAUGCCUUGCCUCCGCCUCUCCCGCUCGCUUCGCCGAGCGGCUCUACUUUCGGCGCCGUCAGCACGAGCCCUGGCGUCGGCGGCGCGAAUGCCUUCGGCUCCUUCUCGGGCAGCAUGAGCGACUGGGCUGCGAGCACGCCUCCGCCGGGCAUCAGCGGCGCGGGCGUCGGGUCGCGCCCCGCUGGCGUGCCGGGCUCGCAGCAGGGCGGGUCGACGCUGGACCAGAUGUUCUCGCGGCUGUCAUACUCGGCGGCCGCGAAGUCGAAGGCGCCGGCACCGGCGACUGCACAGAAGGGCCCUGCGCAGGGCGUGAGCCCGCUGUCGCAGCCGGCGGCGGCGCCCGCGGACGACGACGAUCUAUUCAGCAUGGACAACAUGGAUGCGUGAGCGGGAGGCCCGUAUCUGGAGUCCUUGAGCUGGAUGCCGUUGUGUCGCGGCGGGGAAGAAUAACGAAAAGUAGAAGAUUCAACCAAUUGUUAUGUUCGUGUCCGACGCGCAUGUGUGUGUACUUGUAAUGGACCGGUAUAGUAGAUGCCGUCUCUGCCUACUUUCCAUCUUGUUCUCUAUAUAUCUCUCGCACUGAUCUCGCUUUUUUCCACUACCAUUUGCUUGAGCCAGUCUCGACGUGCAACUGACUUUUGGUUCGUAUUCACGAUAGAUAUGUACGCCUGGGUCCUUAUGGUUGCUCUUCACGUUCCCCAUAGCACUGGCGGAUUUGUACAUGUACUAAUGAACCGUGCUGUAAACACAUCGAGCCACCGAGGUUCACCG